AGAUUGCACUGAUGCAGCUUAAUUAUGAAACCCUCCUCUAUCAGCCCAUUCAGCACAGGAUUAUCGAAGGCAGGGAUGAAAUAAUCGAACUAAAUAACAAAUCCUGAACAAAAUGAUGUCAUUGGAAAAGGAAAACACGGACGUACUCAAGUGAAACAACUGGAACACGACACUGCAGUGGCAGAAUGCUGAAAAUCUGCUAGCAAAGAGAGACUCGCAGACAGACACACACACAUAUACAUACGCUCUCACACUCACACACACACACACACACUCAAGUCUCACAAGCACUGCGACCAAAAGCCACACUAACACACGCAUUCAGCGUCAGGAGGCACCGUGCAAUCUAACCAGUCCUGUAUAUUCACUGAUCUUAGUACUUGCUCAUCUUCUUUUAGACAUAAUCAGUGUUUCUUAUUAGUAGUAGUAUGUUACUAGACAAAGAAAUGUUCUUCUGUCUUUAAGAUUUCCUUCCUGAUCAGAAUGAAAGUACUCCAGUCCGGCUUGGAUUCUGUUUUCGGGACCUGCAUUACCAAUGCUUAACGCGGGGGACGUCAGAUUGUGCACUUUCGCCGUGUAUAGGUUGAGCUGUGUGUUGAUGUGAAAGCCAAAAAGCCUGGUUUGGUUCCAGAUCGCGUCUCGCUUAUGAUAGAUGAACACAGAAAAGAGUGAGCGGUGAAAAAAGCCACAUAAAAUAGGGCAAAGGAAGACGUGGAAAAAGGGCUGACCACCGCAGGACAUGCAAAACUGCCUCCAGAUUGUAAUGAAUGCAGACGGUGGGAAGGCAAGCCGGGGGCACCCACAGGAAAACUAUCGAUUGAGCUAGAUACUAAGCCCAGCGAAUUGAAAAUUCUUGCUGCCUCAUUAAGUCUUCCUGCUCGGAAUCAGACACUAGACUUGCCUUGGUGAUGGGUAUUGGAGAAGCGCCCACGGUCGCUCGUUCCCCUUUGGAUCACCUAAUAGAACUAUCUUUAUAUGCAAGGAAUUUAAAUCAUCUGUCCUUUUGAAAAAAAAAAAGAAGAGAGAAGGGUCAUACGGAAAGGAAGACUAAAACACUUGGAAAAGGUUCACACAUCAUUUGGUAACCACACUACCGACAGAUCCAUCAGCUUGCUUGGAUUGUAUACUUCUAAUAAACUGUAAUACAGCUUGUUGGGCUCUUCUUUUGUGACAAAAUAAGGUUCGAUUAUUGCAAAAGGAUUGGUUUAAUAAUGGAAACGUGAUUGAACCUUUGAUGCAUUUAACACGUCCUAUGUGAUCUAAUGCCAUCCCUCAAUUGUUCUACACUUUAAAAUUCUAUAUAUGAAAUGGAACAUCGAGGACUGUACAAUAUUGUCUAUUACCUGAUGCUGAAUGCACCAUUCUUAUUAUUUGCAAAUGCGACAUUUACUGAAGUCCCCAAAGAUGUGACUGUCAGGGAGGGUGAUGACAUUGAGAUGCCAUGUGCUUUCCGUGCCAGCGGAUCCACGUCUUUUUCCUUGGAGAUCCAGUGGUGGUACCUCAAGGAACCAGCAAGGGAACUUGCGCACGAAGUGGCUGUCAGUGCCCCUGGCAACAGAGGCAAGGUUUCUGGAAACAGAGAUGCCACCAAAAUCAGCACUGUCCGUGUCCAAGGAAAUGAUAUAUCGCACCGAUUGCGCCUCUCUAAUGUCCGUAAGCUGGACGAAGGUGUUUACGAGUGCAGGGUAUCAGACUACAACGAUGACGAGACUCAGGAACACAAGGCUCAAGCCACUUUACAGGUCACGUCCCGCUAUUCUCCGGACAUGCAGGCCGCUGAGGCGGUGUCUCAUAUUCAGAGUAGCGGCCCUCGGCGGAACAGCGCCGCCAGCAGAGCGACGUCCGAACCUGGUCAUGACAAGCGGCGUGUCCCUGCUGCUGCAGGGCGAGAGCAGGACUUGGCCACUACCACAGCAGCCGCCUCGUCAGCCUCACCUCCGCCUGGCAAAGCUGCCAUUCUCCCCCAGCAGCAUGGCUCGGGUACUGGACCUAUUUGUGUAACAGAUCCAUUCCUGUACAUGUGUCUCCUAAUAUUGCACAGGCUUGUGCACGUAGUGGUAAAUCACUGACAGACAUCUUAACUCAUUGUUCCUUAACCAAACUAAGUGAUCCCACAAAAAUCCUUGACAAAGGAUCUGCCAUUCUGGAGAAGGACUAAGACUGAAAAGAAGCAUGUCUAAAAGCAAAAUGAGAGCGCGCUUCAUAUUUCUGGGAGAAUUUACAUGUUGCACAGGAAGGAAACACCCACAGUGUAAUGCAGCUAGUUUCAAAAAUACUAUGGUGUAAAAGCCCUGCAGCAUGCAUGGCAUUUAUUAUUUAUAUUAUUGGACGUGAAUUUCUUUCUUUGUAAAAUUCCUCCUUCUGGUAAUUAUUUUUGCACGGACUAUUGAACAAUUAGUUACUCUUUCUUUAUGCCGACAUGUAAAGAUAUGGGGUUGCGUUCCUUCCAAAGAAGGGGAGGCAUUUUAGUAGAUAUAUGUGUUUAAGUUAUUUGCCUUCUCAUUUUUUCAGUUUUCGAUUAUAAUGAAAUUUGUCUUUCCAAGACAUUUUGAUUAAAGAAAGGCACAUCAUACCAUAAAUACUAUUCGCUGUUAAUAAUAUUUAUUUUUAUUAAAGAUGGAAAACAAGGUAAGACAUUCAUUUAUAAACUUGUUGAUAUAUUGCAGAACACCAGUUGAAUAAAAAAAAAUCGAAACAA